AUGUCGAUCGCGGUAUUCGUGACGGCGAGGCAUGGCGGUCGUGAAACGGGGCCGGUUACGUCGAGCUUGGACUUGCCUACUAUAAGCACGGAUAGGAGGUGGUGGAGUCGACCGUUGCCUCAAAGUCAAUUCGCAGGGCAGUUGCAGACAGAGUUCGAAACAAUCAAGGGACUGUGGCGACGGGCCCGCUUCAGGGACACGAGAAGGCAGGUCUACAUACGCUAUAAAGGACUUGGAUCUGGGUUAGAAUGUGAUCUCAGGCCUCGACAUACCCUCGCCACAGCGGAAGACUUGCGAGUUGGUGAUUGA